AUGGAAACUUACACAAGUGAGCAGGAACAAAUAGCACUUGAAGUGCUUUCGAAGGAUAAGCACCAAUUCUACGAAAUAUUGAAAGUCGAAAGAACAGCAAAUGAUAAUGAGAUUAAGAAAUCAUAUAGGAAACUAGCCAUUAGAUUACAUCCUGACAAAAAUCCACAUCCAAGAGCAAGUGAAGCCUUCAAACUGAUUAAUAGAGCUUUCGAAGUUCUAGGUGAUAGUGAAAAGAGGUCACUGUACGACAGGUUAGGUAGGGACCCCGAUGACAGAAGUGUCCCCAGUGCAGCUUCAUCAGCAUUUAAUGGUGAUACAGGAUUUGAGAACAUGUUUUUCCGUCGUCGUAGAGAGCCUAGUGAAGAUUUAUUCGAUAUCCUAUUCAAUAUGCGUGGUGGUGGUGGUGGUGGCGCAUUCGGUGGUCCCUUUGGUGGAAGUCCCUUUGGUGGAAGUCCUUUUGGUGGACCAUUUGGGGGCAGUCCAUUUGGGGGAAGUCCAUUUAUGGAUGGUGGUGGAAGUACUUUUACAUUUGCAGGGCCUGACGGGUUCAGAGUAUAUACAAGUGGUCCUAGAGGAGCUCAGACAAGACAAAGGCAACAUCAACGGCAACAGUUUGAAGCCGAACAGGAGCAAGAUCUAUACCAGAGCAUAAAGGUUUUAUUGCCCUUAUUGAUUCUGUUCUUAGUGCCCAUAAUAGAGAGGUUUUUGUUCGGCUGA